UCGCGUCUGAGAAGAUUUUCUUACUUCCUUUUGGUUUUCUGUUAAACUGUUAAGAUUUGAGAGAGAAAAACAAAAAAAAACAAAAAAAACAAAAAAAGAGGAGAAAACCCUAAGCGUGUUGCUCAGUGACACUGGUGGAGAUUUUCUCGUCGUCUCUGGAAUCGAAGGAGGAGCUAAGAUACUAUUCGUGCUGGGAAUCGAAUCUAGGGUUCAUAGAGAUCUAAUCGUCGAUACAAUCGAACGAGAGCGAAGAAGAGAAGGAGCCAUGUCGGAUUCUGAUAAAGAGCUCGAGAAUCAGAUUCUCGAAGCAGGAGAACAGCUUACUGAUCCGCCUUCUUCGCUCGACGAGCUUCUGCUUCUCCUCGACAAACUCUUCGUCUGGCUCAUAGAUGUUGACCAGUCACCUCACGAGUCGAUGCAAACCGCACUCUCUCCGCUGAUGAAAGCAUUAGUCGCUGGAAAACUCUUCAAGCAUUCAGACGACGAUGUGAGAGUUGCGGUCGCUGCCUGCAUCAGCGAGAUUACAAGAAUAACUGCUCCUGAAGCUCCUUAUGAUGAUGAUCACAUGAAGGAAGUGUUUAAGUUAAUUGUAUCUUCGUUUGCGAAUUUGCCUGACUAUUUUAGUCGCUCCUACUCCAAGAGGAUCUCGAUCCUUGAAACUGUGGCCAAGGUCAGAUCUUGCGUUGUGAUGCUGGAUCUUGAGUGUGAUGCGCUUCUUAUUGAGAUGUUCCAGCUUUUCCUCAAGGCUAUAAGGGACUUUCAUCCAGAGAACGUACUUUCAUCUAUGGAGAAAAUUAUGACACUUGUUUUAGAGGAAAGCGAGGAGAUACCUCCAAAGAUGCUUUCACCCAUUCUACAUUAUGUUAGAGAGGAUGAUGAGGUUCCCCAAGUAGCACGGGGGUUGGCAGAGCGAGUUCUCAGUAACUCUGCUAGCAAGCUCAAAAAGUAUCUGACCGAAGCAGUGAAAUUGUCGGGUGUCUCUUUAGAUAAGUAUAGUAAGAUAGUGGCUUCGAUAUGUGAAGGGACAUUCAGUGCUUUGCAGCACGACCAACUUGUUGAGAAUGAAAAAGAGGAUAGUCAAGGUCAUUUAGAAAAGGAAGCAGAAGUAGAGGAUAAACAGGAAGUAAUUGCUACACCCGAGCGAACUGAUGCACCUAAGGAUGAAUCUGGUAAGUCAGGAGUCAGCAACGGCGUUGCGCAACACAAUAAUUCUUCUGUUGAUACUGAGUCUAUAAAGAAGCAAGAUGAUACGAAUGCUAAAGACGAUAAUCCUUGCAACACUGACUUGGAUAAUACUUCUGAAGAGAAGCCUGAUGUUGAACACCAACCUCAGGAAAAAGAUCCCAGUUCUGCCAUACAGGUGGAUUCAUCAAAAACUUCAGAUAUCAAGGAAGAGACUGAACCUGGAGCACUCCUGGAGAGCAAGGAUGUGUUAAGUUUGCGUCCUGAUGAUUCAACUGUUAAAGCAGCCAUUUCUUCUGAAAAUGAUAAGGAAACAAGUGUGCAGGCUUUGCCAUCUAAGACAUCAGCUGAUGAAACUGCCGAUGUUAGUUCUCCAUCUAGGGGUGAAGAUCUUGUUGAGGAAAGCCGGCCUAAGAAGACUGCAAAUGAUAAGGAAACAAAUGUGCAGGCUUUGCCAUCUAAGACAUCAGCCGAUGAAACAGCCAAUGUUAGUUCUCCAUCUAGGGCUGAAGAUAUUGUUGAGGAAAGCCGGCCUAAGAAGACUGCAAAUGAUAAGGAAACAAGUGUGCAGGCUUUGCCGUCUAAGACAUCAGCCGAUGAAACUGCCAAUGUUAGUUCUCCAUCUAGGGCUGAAGAUAUUGUUGAGGAAAGCCGGCCUAAGAAAACUGCAAAUGAUAAGGAAACAAGUGUGCAGGCUUUGCCAUCUAAGACAUCAGCUGAUGAAACUGCCAAUGUUAGUUCUCCAUCUAGGGCUGAAGAUAUUGUUGAGGAAAGCCGGCCUAAGAAGACUGCAAAUGAUAAGGAAACAAGUGUGCAGGCUUUGCCAUCUAAGACAUCAGCUGAUGAAACUGCCAAUGUUAGUUCUCCAUCUAGGGCUGAAGAUCUUGUUGAGGAAAACCGGCCUAAGAAGACUGCAAACCAGAAGAAAAAUAAGAGCUUGACGAAGGAGGCCAAACCAUUAGCUGCUAGUGCUACUGAAGAAGCUUCCGAAGAACCAAACACUUCUGAAGCUAAAGUUACCAAAAAUUCUAGAAAGAAGGUUGCUUCUUCAAGUAAAACCAAGUGUACUGUUCCCCCGAAGAAAGGCACCUCUGAGACAAAAGCUGCAAAGCAGUCAGAGAAAAAGGUAGUUGAGAGUGAAAAUGUACAAGAAUCCUCAAAGCCAAAAGAGGAAAAGAAAAAGCCAGGACGUGGGAAAGCCAUGGAUGAGGACUCAUUAGAUACUUCUUCAGGUGAUAGCGAAAAACCAGCUGUUUCCUCUGUAAAGUCAGCCUCGAAGUCAAAGAAAGAAGUGAAGCAACCAAUAGAAGGAAGUCCUAACACAAACACAAAGAGAAAACGAAGUCUAAGCAAAGAGAAAGCAUCUGAUCUCCAAAGCCACGGUGAAGAUUUAGUUGGGUCGAGGGUCAGAGUCUGGUGGCCUAUAGAUAAAGCGUAUUAUAAAGGUGUGGUCAAUUCAUAUGAUUCUGCUAAGAAGAAGCACCUGGUUAUCUAUGAUGAUGGAGAUCAAGAAAUCUUGAAUCUUAAGACACAGAAGUGGCAUUUUCUGGAUGAAUCAGAAACAGAGGUGGGGCAUUAUAUUUCAUUCAUCUCUGACUUCUUCUUUUUUCCAUUAUCCCCUUUGAACAUUUCCUGUCAGCAGGGUGAAGAAGCUGCUGAUCAGACGGUUCACGAGAAAGAAGCCUCCCGAGAGCCCCAGAGAAAGAAAGCUAAGACUGGCAAGCAAUCAAAGAUGGAAUCGUCAGGGAAAAAGGGUGGUGGAGCUGGUUCCAGCAAGCUUAAAGCUGCUCCUGCUUCCAAGUCCGGUAAGAAGUCCAAGGAUGAGAAAACAGAGAGCAAACCAAAGGAUCCGAAAGAAGCUAGUAGAGAAGAAGAAGAAGAGGAUAGUUCUGACGAGUUGAGCGAGGAAGAGGAAAUCCCCAAAACAGUUGGUAAAUCAGGAACCAGCAAGUCGAAGAAAGAGAUAUCGAAAUCUGGCACAUCCAAAGGUUCGUCCAAGACUACAACUACUCCAAAAUCCAAGCCAGGAGGACCUUCAAAAUCUUCAUCAGCAAAGGGCAAAGCAGCGAAAGGCAAAGCAAACUCUACACCUGCCUCCAAGGGCGAGGAGAGCGAUGCUGAGUCAGAAUCUGAAGAGACACCAAAGGCGCCAGAACCAGCAACAAAAGGGAAACCAGUGGGUUCAGGCAAGUCGCAGGCUAAGUCCGGUAAGAAGAGGAAGCGAUGAGUCUGGCCUCAGGAAAGACUUUCUCUUUAUGUAAUUCAAGGUGGAAAGCUAAGCACAAUGGCGGUGGUGUUGGUGGUUGUGGAUCGAUGGGUCUUAACGUCGUCUGGGAAUUACAAGUGUUGUCUUUGUUUUUAAGACAAGAAGCGUAGUAGUAGUAGUAGUAGUGAUUGGAUUUUUUUUUUUUGCACUUUUAGGUUCGAUUUUCAGCGGAUUUUUCUUUAGUCGCCCAAAUAAUUUAAUCUUUGUGAAUUUAGAGAGUUGUAGAGGCCUCAAAGACAAAUUUGCCGAAUGUAUUUUAUUCAGUUUUAAAAGGAUUUGUUUCUAAGUUGA